AUGGGCUUGCUCGCCUGCCUCGGCCUCCGCCGCCGCGAUGCCUUCGACAACCUCACUCUUAUCGACCACCUUCUCUCGCCCCUCACCCUCCUCGUCUCACUCUUCUACCGUCUUGUCCUCCUCCUCCGCGGCGCCCCCUUCCACCCGCCCCGCAACAAGCCCCCCGUCCGCGUCGUCUGCAUCUCCGACACGCACGACCACAUCGUCGACGUGCCCGCCGGCGACAUCCUCAUCCACGCCGGCGACCUCACCAUCGACGGCUCCGCCCACUCCAUUCAGAAGCAGCUCGACUGGCUCAAGAGCUUGUCGCACCAGGUCAAGGUAGUCGUCGCCGGCAACCACGAUGGUUUCUUCGAUGCGAACACGCACUCAGACGGCCAAGUCCGCCCACGCGACGUCCUCGACCUCGCCGGCCUGCUCUAUCUCCAGGGCGACCUGACGGUGCAGGAAGUCAAGGGCCGGCGUCUGGCCAUUUUUGGCGCCCCCGACAUUCCAGAGUGCGGCCCCAGCAGCUUCGCGUUUCAGUACACGCCCGCCAGGCAACCCUGGUUCAGUAGAAUUCCUCCCCAGACGGACAUUCUCGUCACCCACAGCCCUCCCAAAUACCACCUUGACCUCGGCAACGGCUGCCCUCACCUGCUACGCGAGGUCUGGCGCGUCAAGCCCCGCCUCCACGUCUUCGGCCACGUCCACUGCGCCUACGGCUCCGAGCCCGCCUACUUUGACCACCUGCAGCUCGCCUACGAGCGCCUGCUCUCGCGCCCCCGCCGCGGCCCCAUCUGCGACCUAGUUACCACCGAGGCCUGGCUCGAUGUGCUCCGCGUGCUCUUCCACGGCGUCCACAGCGUGCUCUGGAAGUGGUUCAUGGGUGGGCCCGGCAGUAACCACGGUGGCCUGAUGGUCAACGCGGCGCAAAUGUACAAGAACUCGGGCCGGGUCAAGAGCCGCGCCGUUGUCGUCGAUAUCUAG